AUUCUCUUUAUUAUGGAAGUAGGACGUGUGCAACCGGUUUCUGCCGUCUGCUCUAGACCACCAACAUACGAGCAGUCAUGCGGCUUCAAGCAAAACAGUUUUUGUGCUUCAUUUUUCAAUGAUGCUCUUAAAGAUCCCGUUUUAAUAUUCAUCACAAUUGCUGUCGUAAUCGGUUCAUUUUGUUUACUUAGCGGUCUAUUUCUAUUGUGUUUGGUUUCCAAGGCAAUACAAGACGAAACUAGUGAAGCUAUACUUUUAAUCGGCAUUGGAAUUUUCAUAUCAUGUAUAGCUGGUAUUUCUUGGAAAUUAACCAAUAAGCGACAAAUGUCUCAGUUUAUUGAUUCUAUUGGAGCGCAAGGCUUGUAAUAUAAUGAUAGAGAAAUAACUUAGAGUUUAAGAAUUUUAUUUAAAUCAAAUUAAUUGUAAUUUACUUAGAACAACUAGAAGAAUUCUUU